AUGGCCAGCUCAGCAAUCAAAAUGGCAAACCCCAACGCCGAGGUGCUCCGCCGCGGCGACGCACUGGCGAUGAACAUCCAGUCGGCGCGCGGGCUGCAGAACGUCCUGCGGUCGAACCUGUCGCCACGCGGCACGCUCAAGCUGCUGGUCGACGGGGCCAACCAGCUGACGCUGACGAAGGACGGCAAGGUGCUGCUGAGCCAGAUGCAGAUCACCAACCCGGUCGCCGUGAUGAUCGCCAGGGCGGCGACGGCGCAGGACGACAUCACGGGCGACGGCACCACCGGGCUGGUGCUGCUGGUCGGCGAGCUGCUCAAGCAGGCGGCCGUGUAUGUCGAGGAGGGCGUGCACCCACGGGUAAUCACCGACGGAUUCGACGCGGCCAAGGCCGAGGCGCUGCGGUUCCUUGACACGUUCCGCGUGAAGAUGGAGAUGGACCGCGAGGUGCUCUGCUCGGUGGCGCGCACGGCGCUGCGCACGAAGCUGCAGGCCGAGCUGGCCGACCAGAUGACCGAGGCCAUUGUCGACGCCGUGCUGGCGAUCCGGCCAGCCGACGGCGGGCCCAUCGACCUCUUCAUGGUUGAGAUCAUGAAGAUGCAGCACCGCACGGCAACCGACAGCCGGCUCGUGCGCGGGCUCGUCAUGGACCACGGCGCCAGGCACCCCGACAUGCCCAAGCGCCUGAAGGACGCGUUCGUGCUGACGCUCAACGCGUCGCUGGAGUACGAGAAAACCGAGGUCAACUCGAGCUUCUUCUACAGCUCGGCCGACCAGCGCGACAAGCUGAUCGAGUCCGAGCGGCGGUUCGUCGACGACAAGCUGCGCAAGAUCGUCGACCUCAAGAACACGGUGUGCACGGGCGCCAACAAGGACUGCGGCUUCGCCGUCAUCAACCAGAAGGGCAUCGACCCGCUGUCGCUCGACAUCCUCGCGAAGAACGGCAUCUUCGCGCUCCGGCGCGCGAAGCGGCGCAACAUGGAGCGGCUGCAGCUCUGCUGCGGCGGCACGGCGCAGAACUCGGUCGACGACCUGUCGCCGGCCGUGCUGGGCCGCGCCGGGCUGGUCUACGAGCACGUGCUGGGCGAGAACAAGUACACGUUCAUUGAGGCCUGCCGCGACCCGCGCUCGGUGACGCUGCUGAUCAAGGGCCCCAGCAGCCACGUGCUGCAGCAGAUCCAGGACGCCGUACGCGACGGGCUGCGUGCCGUCAAGAACGCCAUUGAGGACGGCGCACUGGUGCCUGGCGCCGGCGCCUUCCAGGUCGCCUGCAGCCAGCACCUGCUGCGGCCGCAGUUCCUGCGCACCGUGCGCGGCAAGGCGCAGAUGGGCGUCAAGGCGUUCGCCAAGGCGCUGCUGGUGAUCCCCAAGACCAUCGCCACGAACGGCGGCUACGACCCGAUGGAUGUGCUGGUGGCGCUGGAGGAGGAGGUCGCCGACGGCCAUGUUGCCGGCAUCGACCUGAACACCGGCGAUGUCCUGGAUCCGGCGCAGGAGGGCAUCUGGGACAACUACCGCGUGCUGCGCCAGCAGCUGCACUCGUGCGCGGUCAUUGCCACGAACCUGCUGCAUGUCGACGAGGUGAUGCGGGCUGGGCGCGCGUCGAUCAAGGCGCCCAACCCGGGGGAGGAGUAA